CCUCUCUAGCCCCUGUGCGGUCGAUAAGGAAACCCGGACGCCGCCGCGGCUUUCCUUUUUCCAGGCGGCCGGGAAGAUGGCGGACAUUCAGACUGAGCGUGCCUACCAAAAGCAGCCAACCAUCUUUCAAAAUAAGAAGAGGGUCCUGCUUGGAGAAACUGGCAAGGAGAAACUCCCGCGAUACUACAAAAACAUCGGUUUGGGCUUCAAGACGCCCAAGGAGGCCAUUGAGGGCACCUAUAUUGACAAGAAAUGCCCCUUUACUGGUAACGUCUCCAUCCGAGGGCGGAUUCUGUCUGGUGUGGUGACCAAGAUGAAGAUGCAGAGGACCAUUGUCAUCCGCCGAGACUACCUCCAUUAUAUCCGAAAGUACAACCGCUUUGAGAAACGCCACAAGAACAUGUCCGUGCACCUGUCCCCCUGCUUCAGGGAUGUCCAGAUCGGCGACAUUGUCACAGUGGGCGAGUGCCGGCCCUUGAGCAAGACUGUGCGCUUCAACGUGCUCAAAGUCACAAAGGCCGCUGGCACCAAAAAGCAAUUCCAGAAGUUCUGAGACUAGACGUCUGUCCACACCCCCGAAGAAAAUAAAGUUAUUUUCCCAGUCA